AUGCACAAGCAACAGUUCCAGUUCAAGCUCGAGGCGAUUAAGGACUUCGAGUUCUUUCGAGGAUGGUACUUUCCCAAGCAAUGGCGGGACCGCAAGCUUCUUUUCUGGCUCAUGGGAGCUGAGAUUCCCUUCACCAUCACUAUCUUAACCCUAACCGGUAUUGCUUCGCACAACACAUACCGCACGUUGUUAUGGGAGGAUGGUUACAAGAAUGGCUUCAACAGUUCGCCUGAUCAGAACCUCUACUCCGCUGCCAACUAUGAGCCCUAUACGCCUCCUCUCGUGUGGUCAAAUUUCUUGACCAACUUCAACUUGGUCAUCGGCGUCCUGAGUGUCUUCCUUUUGAUCGUGAAAAUACCCGUCCACUUCAUGCACUUGUUUUUCCCUCCUCUCGCCGCAUUCGUUCACGGAGGUGGUCUCGUUGUGUAUGCCUUUGCAGUUCGGUACCAGGCUGGUCCUGAUAUGUCAGACCCCAAUCAGCCUCAGCCCGGCGCACCUUGGUACAUCACCAAAAGCUGUAGCGUCGCCUACUCGAAACCGGACAUCGCAUUCUGCAACCAGGCCAAGGCUCUUUUCGCUCUGUGUAUCAUCAUCAUCCUGAUCUACUUCGUCGAAUUCUGCUUCUCCGUCCGCUCCUGCUUCAUCACCCAAGCCGAGCGCGACCAGAUUCUCGAGAAUCGUGAGGACAAGCGCGUCGAGAAGGAGUUUGAGGAGGAGAUCAUGAAGUCUCCCUAUUACCCAACCACCCCCGGCUUGGUCCCCCGUACCCCCGGCUUCCCACCCAUGGUCGCGCAGCCAGCCGGCUUUGGUGGUCAGGGAGGCGUGUACCCCUUCACACCGCGGCACUUGGCUUUCAACCGAUUGGGGAGUGAGGCUUCUGACCUACCGCUGCGUGAAAAUGGCUCUUCUAGCGCUCCUUCUCCGCAGACAUUGCACCAGCCCUCUCCGGAUGGGUCGCAAUCGCAGAUGUACUUCCCGCCUCCACCGAAGAAGGCUUCGAAGUAA